AUGGGCGCCGCGCGCAAAGGUAAGCAGCUGCCCCCGACCCCUCGCCAGUCGGCGCUCCAGCGCUGCCUGCAGGGUAGCGGGCUGGUCUUGAUCCAUCCGCUCUUCCCAGGUUACGCCUGGCUGUGCGCCCUGCUCUGGCUGCUGGGGAAGCCGCCAGGAGCCGUUUUCGUGGCAAUUUGUGCCCGGCAGGGAGACUCGAGCUGCCGCUUCUUGUCUGUGUCUGAUCUUUUCGACCGGGUGAUCCAGCACUCAGACAGGCUACACAGCCUCUCCACGGCGCUCUACUUGGACUUGGAAAAAAACUUUCUACCCAAUGGAAACGAGUUGGGCAAAUGGACAGGUAAAUGCCACACCUCCAGGAUGCUAACGCCUAAUGGCAAGGAGUAUGUCCAAAAAAUACCGAGAGAAGAACUAACUCACUUGAUACUGAGACUCUUGCAAGCCUGGAAGGAACCACUUUCCCACUUUGACCAGAAUAUUGGUCAUCAUCAAGAAUUAUCUAGUGACAGCCUGAGCAAAGCAAAGCAAAUCAGCAAUAUGGUGCAUGAGCUGAAGACUGGAAUGGAGAAAGUAACAGAGAAGAUGCAGUCAAUGGGAAUCAUCAGCAAUUCAUUGAAUGGAAUGGGAUCAUCAGAAGCAGCUGGUUUAUCCAUUAGUAAUGAAGCAAAUUUGAUGAGUGACUAUGAGUUUAUUCACUGCUUCAGGAGAGACUCCAAUAAAGUACAAAGCUACUUAAAAAUUCUUAAAUGUAGGAUUUGGCCAGGAAAUAGUUGUUGA